AUGAAAAUAUCUCAUCAGCUUUGCGAUAAUCACGAGUCUAUCACAUCUGCGAUUGCAAAACUCUCCAAUGCAAAUAUUCUGUUCAUCGACUGCGAGGGCAAAGACCUUGGUUCCCAAGGCGGCACACUCUCUACUCUGGGGCUCGGCAUUUACAAUAGCCCAGACGGAUACUAUAACAGUCGAGAAGGAGAAUUGACUAUUUAUAUUGUUGACGUCCUCGCUUUUCAACGUCCUUGCUCCGGGUCACUCGACAAUAAGCACGCUAACGCUCAGCCGGACCUACUCAGGUCCAUUUUCGAUCUUCUCGCUUCAUCUGUGGUACUAAAGAUUGGGUUUGACUUACGUAUGGAUGCAUCCGAGUUGCUCCACGGAUAUGGUGUGCGCCUGACGUGUGUUCUGGAUCUACAAGUCGCCGAUGUGGUCUCUAGAACUGGAGAAGAUGAAGUUAGGCCUCUGCAGAGACUAAUGGGUCGAUUUCUUCCCGCGCAAGAGAUACUGGGGAAUAGGGAGCUCUAUAAGAAAGUCGUCAAGCUCAAUGGACUCGACGGCGCUCUGAUGGACCAGGGAAUCAAGACCAUUCCAAAGAAGAGAGUGGAUCAUUCGAGAUGGAUGUUAAGACCGUUGAGCGAGAGAUACGUUUCCUACGCCGCAGAAGAUAUCUGUCUUAUCUACUCGCUCUACACUGCCAUUCGCGAUAACGGGAAAGUCAGCCUCAUGGACGCGGUUGCGCGCAGCGAAGGAUACAUCCAGUAUCACGCCUCUUGCAGACCGUCGAAAGAUGACAUUUACCAACGCCAUGGAUUGAUGCCCUUGGAUGAACACGGGGAUCUGGAUACGAAGAGAACAAGGCUGUGUGCGGGAUGCAAACGUAGGCUGUCGUCUAGCCAGUUUCCAUCUCUCAAGUCGGGAGUCGGUAUCGCAUAUUGUUUCGUUUGCUAUGCAGUGAAUCGGCGCGGGAAGCUUAGGGAGAAGAGGAAGUAG